CGAAUCCGGUAUGCUCAAGAGCGCCCGCCUUACGGCAGAAAGCCGUCUUGAUCAAGAAGCCGGAAGCGCCCGUUGACUGUUCUUCGCUUGGCUCUCCAGCCUCCAACGACAACCCGCAGGGCGACUCUUUCCAGCCGCCGGAGAGCAAGCUUCCUCCCUGCAGAGCCGAGGAGCUUCCGCUGCCUCCCUUCCUCUCGGAAAGCGCUGACGGCUGCAGAGAUCUAGGCGCCGCUGCUCCGCCGGGCACCAUGCUCAACUUCUUCCGAUCCAUUCCGACGCAGAUGGACUACAAAGGCCAAAAACUAGCGGAGCAGAUUUUCCAAGGAGUAAUCCUUUUCUCUGCUGUGGUUGGUUUUAUUUAUGGAUAUAUUACUGAACAGUUUGGCUGGACAGUUUACAUAGUAAUGGCUGGAUUUGCUAUAUCGUGCCUGCUCACACUGCCUCCAUGGCCCAUUUACCGUCGCAAUCCUCUAAAAUGGCUCCCUGUUCAGGAAUCUGCAAUAGAUGAUAAGAAACCUGCAGACAGAAAAGUAAAGAGGCAUCCUAAAAAUUGAAAAACUACAUCUUCUGUAUGAUUUUCUGUCAUUAAAUUUGCUUUAAAAUCGAUUACUUCUUCUUUUAUUUGGUUUGAUAUUUCUGCACACAGUUGGAGAAUAAAUUCUUCCUUUUUAUUUAACUCCAUCUAUGGUAUAGUAAACUUGGUGAUUUAUUAGUAUUAAGUAAUUUAAAUAUUGGAAUACCUGCAUUUAAUAGCAGAAUUGCUUAACUCACUAUAGUUUAGUUCAGCAAUCUUUUGUAAUACAUCCUAGGAGGAUUAAGGGAGCCAUGGAAAUAAUUUUGCUAUUCCAGCUUUUGUAGCGGUUAAAAGUCUACUAUCACUAAUCAUAGAAAUCUCAAUUCUAGUCAACAAUAAAAUAGGCCAAUCUCUUUAAACCAGUCUCUUAGACAUUAUUGCAAA